AACCCUACGCAAAACGUCUACGCGCUGGCCAAUCAGCUCAGAGUCCCACGGACUCUUGUAAAGAUGGCGACGGUGAUCAACAGAGGAGUAAAUGCUGGGCGCUUUACUGUUAUUAAACACCGCUGGUUCCGACAACGUACCAAUUGACCCAGCAGCGGGGAGCGACAUUAAUCCGACCCAUUUGUCAGCGGCACUCAGCUGUUCGGCGCUGUGUGCAGUCGCUGCGAGCCUGGUGGCUUUUGUUUUCGUGUUAUGGACUGCCGUUGCCUCGGUUAGCUCAUUAGCUCCAACUCCGAAAGCGACGGCUAGCUCAGGGGGUAACUAACGUUAGCUGAGUAGCGCCAUCGGCUGCCGGGGACUAACGUGGAUUGACAGACCCGACCCGUGUGAACACCGGGCUGCAUGUGCAUAAGUUUCGUUUUUUUUCUUCUUCUUUUUUAAUACAGAAAACAACGCACAUGACUCGUUUGGAAUACAAAUAAAUAAAAACACCGGGCGCCGAGGAUCCGGCAUUGCGACACCGCUCGUUGUGCCGUCAUGUAUUUUCUAACCGGCUGGCCCCGGCGGCUGCUUUGUCCGCUGAAGAGUCAGGAGGAGCCCUUCCACAUCCGACCCAGCUCCCAGAGGUUCUACUUCGCCGUGCUGUCAGAGACGCAGCUCAGCAUCUGGUUCAGCCGGCCCAGUGUUUUGAUAGUCAGCUACAUCGAGUCCGUGAAGGCGGCCGCCCAGUUUGGUGUCUACCAGAAGGCCGAAUGGAAACCAGAUGACUCUAUGAUCGCUGUGGCGACUGCCAAAGGCUACAUCCUCCUGUUUGACGUGUUGGGUGGAGGGGACGGCAAGUCCCUUUAUGAGCCGGUCUAUCCAAGAGGAAGUCCUCGUGUGAGGGUUACCCCGGGUUACAAGGAGGAGCAAUGUGCCCCGGCUUUGUCUUUGGAGAUGAAGAAGCCUGUGGAUCUGGAGGCCCCUAUAACCAGUCUGCAGUCCCUUCAGGAGGACCUGCUGGUCUGCACCGCGGACGGCUAUCUCCACGUGCUGCACUGGGACGGACUGGGCAGCAACGGCCGCAAGGCCGUUUGCCUCACCACGAUCCCCUUCUCGCUAGACCUGCAGUCUGCUCGAGGUGGUCCCUCUCUAGACCUGGAAGGAGUGCACAUCUGUUGUAUGGAGUAUUGUGUUACCCUGGACGGCUUUGCUGUGGUGCUUAGUGAUGGACGCCUGGGCUUUAUCACGCCGCUCGGCAACACCAUCACCACGGAUCAGCUGCAGGGCGUCUGGGCAGCAGAUGUGAAUGAUGGCACCUGUGUGGCUGUCAACAACAAGUACAGACUGAUGGCCUUUGGCUGUGCCAGCGGCUCAGUGCUGGUGUACAUGAUAGACAGCACAACAGGAUCCAUGCAGCUCUCUCACAAACUGGAGCUCACCCCGAAACACUUCCCAGACGUCUACAACAAGACGGGCCCGGUCAAGCUAAUCUGCUGGUCGCCUGACUACAGCGUUGCCAUGGUUACAUGGGAGUGUGGUGGCCUAUCGUUGUGGAGUGUCUUUGGAGCUCACCUCAUCUGCACACUGGGAGAGGACUUUGCGUAUCGUUCUGAUGGUACCAAGAAGGACCCGGUUAAAAUCAGCUCUAUGAGCUGGGGAGCAGAGGGCUACCACCUAUGGGUGCUCCCUAACAAACAGGAGAGGCAAGGGGAGGAGCAGCAGCAGCAGGAGGAGGAGGAAGAGAUGGCCUCACCUUCUCAGCCCUCCCUGCAGGCCGGCAUCCUGCAGUUCCAAUUCAUCAAGAGCGCCCUGACCGUCAACCCAUGCACGAGUAAUCAAGAGCAGGUGUUGCUCCAUGGUGAAGACCGCCUCUACCUGACCUGUGGUGACCUCUCGCAGGUCCACAGCGCCUCCGAGCCACGGCCACACCCACACCCACACUCACACUUGAACCCGCACGACGGCAGCCCGCUGCACCACCCCUCCGAACCCGACUCCCCUCUCUCUCAGGGACUCAGCACUUUACUAGGACACAAGCACUGGCACGUGGUCCAGAUUCACAGCACAUACCUAGAGAGCAACUGGCCUAUACGGUUUGCAGCCAUAGACACGGCGGGCCAGUGCAUGGCUGUAGCAGGGAGGCGGGGCCUUGCACACUACUCCUUAUGCACAAGGAAAUGGAAGCUGUUUGGGAACGUCACUCAGGAGCAGAACAUGACGGUGACAGGAGGUCUGGCUUGGUGGAAGGACUUUGUGGUGGUUGCCUGUUACAAUUUUACUGACCAGCAAGAGCAGUUGAGGCUCUAUCAACGCUCAUCAAACCUGGACAAUGCCUUUGCAUCCGUCACAAAGCUGCACUCCGACACUCUGUUGCUCAACGUCUUCAGAGAUAUGGUCAUCCUGUUCAGAGCUGACUGCUCCAUCUGCCUCUACAGCUUGGAGAGGAGGAACGACAGUCCACACCCGACAGCCAGCGUGGAGUUGUUGCAGGAGGUGUCCAUGUCUCGCUACAUCCCUCACCCGGCCCUCGUGGUGUCGGUCACACUCACCUCUGUGCGCACAGAGACUGGCAUCACAUUGAAAGCCCCGCAGCAGGCCUGCAUGGCAGAGAGCAUCAUGUUGAAUCUGGCUGGCCAGCUGAUCAUGCUGCAGAGGGACCGCUCAGGACCGCAGGUACGAGAGAAGGAGACGCCUGCUAACAACAAGAAGCUGCUACCAUUUUGUCCCCCUGUGGUGCUGGCCCAAUGUGUGGAGAAUGUGUGGACCACCUGUCGCUCCAACAAGAAGAAGCGCCACCUGCUGGAGGCCCUGUGGUUGUCCUGCGGCGAGGCCGGCAUGAAAGUCUGGCUGCCGCUGUUUCCCCGAGACCAUCGCAAGCCACACUCGUUCCUCUCCCGGCGCAUCAUGCUGCCCUUCCACAUCAACAUCUACCCACUCGCUGUGCUGUUCGAGGAUGCCCUGGUCCUCGGGGCGACCAACGAGAGCGUGCUCUAUGACGGGCUGCAGGGGUCCUCUGAGCCACUGGAGGCGCUGUUCCCGUACUGCACUGUGGAGAGGACCUCCCAAAUCUACCUCCAUCACAUCCUGCGGCAGCUGCUGGUUCGCAACUUGGGUGAACAGGCGCUGAUGCUGGCUCAGUCAUGCGCCUCCCUCCCCUACUUCCCUCACGUCAUGGAGCUGAUGGUGCACGUGGUGCUGGAGGAGGAGGCGACGUCGCGGGAGCCCAUCCCCGACCCUCUGCUGCCCACCGUGGCCAAGUUCAUCACAGAGUUCCCCCUCUUCCUCCAGACCAUCGUUCACUGCGCCAGGAAGACGGAGUACGCCCUGUGGAACUACCUGUUCGCCGCUGUGGGAAACCCCAAGGAUCUGUUUGAGGAGUGUCUCAUGGCCCAAGACCUGGACACAGCAGCUUCGUAUCUCAUCAUACUGCAGAACAUGGAGGUUCCAGCGGUGAGCAGGCAACACGCCACUCUACUCUUCAACACGGCGCUUGAGCAUGGCAAGUGGGACCUUUGCCGGCACAUGAUCCGAUUCCUCAAAGCCAUUGGCUCUGGGGAGAUGGAUACUCCGCCCCCAACACCCACCACUCAGGAACCCAGCUCAACUGGUGGAUUCGAGUUCUUCAGAAAUCGCAGCAUCAGUUUGUCACAGUCGGCAGACGCCAUCGCUACGGGCAAGUUCAACUUGCAGAAGACCUUCAGUAUGCCCUCUGGACCUCCUGUUAAAGGCCGGGACGCGGAGUGUGCAGAAAACAUGUACAUCGACAUGAUGCUGUGGCGCCACGCCCGCCAUCUCCUGGAGCAGGUGCGCCUCCGCGACCUCGGCUGCUUCUCCGCACAGCUGGGCUUUGAGCUCAUCGGUUGGUUGUGUCGCGAACGGAACCGGGUGGCGCGCGUCGAGGACUUUGUCUCCGCGCUGAAGAGGCUCCAUAAGGAUUUUCUCUGGCCCUUCCCCGUGGUUCCCGGGGGGAGCAUCAGCUCGCCUCUGAAGAACGGACGCUGUCGCACGGUGCUGAGCACGCGGCUGUUGAAGUCGCAGUCGGCCGACAGCCUGUUGAACAGCGACAUGGACACGGCGCCCCCUCAGGCGGCCCCCACCAGCCACACGUGGCUGGACGGCCUCGGGCAGACGGCCAAAGACAUGGACGCCGCCCCGUCGGCUCAUUCCAACCAACACUCGCCGCAGACACACGAUGCCUUCCUCUCCCUGCUCACCAACAAAGUGGAAGAGUACAGCGUCGGCUCCGCCACCGACUUGACGGAGACCAGCUCGGUGGUGGACGGCGACUGGACGAUGGUCGACGAGAACUCCUCCGCCCUGAGCCUGAGUCAGGCCGAGUUGGAGCACAUCUCCAUGGAGCUGGCCAACAAGGGCCCGCACAAGUCCCAGGUGCAGCUCAGGUAUCUCCUUCACGUGUUCAUGGAGGCGGGCUGUCUGGAGUGGUGCGUCGUGAUCGGUCUGAUCCUACGGGACGCCAACGUCAUCAAGCAGGUGAUCGGCUUCCUGGACAGCCCGGAGGUUCCACAGGAGACGGUGCAGAGUGUCCGCGGCGGCUUGUUGGCUAUCGACGCGUGGGUCUCUGCUGACUGCCUCGGAUACAAACCCUUCCUGAACCUGAUCCAGCCGCAGCUCCAGGACCUGAUGGACUCGGCGGCUGAGCAGGUGCAGCCCGAGGCCUUCCAGCCCUGCGGCCAGAGCUCCAAGCCCGGCGGCGGCGAAGGGCCGGGAAGCGCCGCGGCGCCCCGAGCGGAGGACGGCCGAGGAGCGACGGCUCCGCCGGGCCUGGCCCCGCCCUCCCUCGAACCCGCCGGAAGUUUCCCCCGUCCCCCCUCCGAGGACUGUCCUCCCGAACUGACGGAGGAGCAGGGGGAGGACGAGGGCGCCUACGACUGCACCUUGUCCUGAAGCCCGGCGCCUCCUCUGGACUCGGACCAUUGAACUCGUGGGAUAGAGGAGGAGGAGGAGGAGGAGGAGGAAGCAUCAACAUCAGCAGAUACAGACCCAAAAUAAACAUUAUUACUUGUGUGUGGUUGUGGGAGCCUGUGCGCGUGUGUGUGUGUGUGUGUCUGUAGACAAAGUACCUCUCCUAAAGGUUCUAAGAUUGGUCAGUAUUGUCCACUCUUCAGAUUUGCCCCUUGUUUUGACCGAGCUACCAACAGUGUGACGCACACGCACACACACACAUACACACACACACACACACGGCCAGUGACAGCAUCCAGCAUCGGUUUGUGCCGUGACACGUCACGUCGGGGUGUUUGGAAGUUGUAGACCAGCUCGGGGGAAAGCUCCAGAGGUUUUUUCUUUUUCUUUUUUAAUUCCAAGACCGAUGUUUUAUGUGCGUAGCUUUUUCCUCGCACGACUCCGAGUGCAACUGGAGACUUUGGAAUGUGGUUUUUUGUUUUCUCUCUUCGGCCAGGCCAACACCUCAAUUCUUUCCUUUGGUUCAAUGCAAACGAUGCACGGAUCAGUUCGAAGACAACAACAACAAAAACGAGUGUAUUUGCAUCGGCAUAAUGCUACAUUGCUUAGCAAAAUGAACAAAGUUUGAGUCACAUUUACAAGACGCUCUCAAUUGUGUUCGAGCGCGCAGUUCAGUUUGUGUGCUCAAGAGUUGUUUCAUACUUUCAUACCUCAGUAUGAUUUCAAAAUAUUUUUGUGAUAGCUUUUUCAAUAAUGUAACGGUGUACAAGAUAACAUUAUUUUUGUAUCAAUUAGACCUUGUCCCUCGAGUCUCCCUGUGAAAAAAGAACAAUGGUAUGAAUUCUAUGUAGUUCAUGAGAAGUGACGACCUUAAGAUUUCUAAGAAAAUGACCUCUGAGAUUAAUCCACUGUUGUGAGUGCAAACUAAUUUCCUACCGUUGAUCAACAGUAACUCUCGUAUUUUCUUUUCUUCUUUUGCGAGACUUUGCUGACGGAGACUCUGAGCCAGAAUCUGAUCUUCUUCACGUGGUCUUGAUUUUUAGGCAACAAGCAGAGCAGUGUUAAGCCUUCCCGUGGUGCGCAGAUUUAAGCCCAGGCUGUAGUGCAGUGAAGGCGCUGUUAAAAACCAAAUCGGGAUACUUUGUAUCCAGCUUUUAAACACACGUUUGGGUUCUAGCCUCCAUCUGGGAGAAAAGAAAUGUGUUUCCUAUCAUGAGCUUUGCAAAUAGCUAUUACUGUGUUAUAAGAGCUAUCCGAAGUGGUAAUGAUGUACCCAUCCCGGAUCACAACAGCAUCAGCUGAUCUCUGAUGUAAACAUCACGGCGGUAUCCUUUUUAAAGUGAGAUUGAUCGGUUCGUGGAUGAGGCUUCGUAAUGGAUCGUAACCCCAUCGCUUGAUGAGGGUCAUUAUGUAAUCCAGCUCAAUAUGCAUAUCGCAUCACCGAGUACCUAUCUGUGUGUACCACAUCGUAUUGGUGACUUUGAUCACAUGCAAACAGAUUUUUUUUUUUUAGUAUUAUAACUAUUAUUUAUUGCUGUCAUAACUGAGUGGUAAUUACUGAAUUGAUUCUCAGUUGGUUUUUAUGACUUUUCCCCCCCAUUUAGUUAAUCAAACUUGUGUAUUGGCUCUCUGCAAGCACUAAACGGUUCAUCACAGACGUGUCAGUAUUAUAUUGUGCAAUGUAUUGAAAAGUUACUCAGCUUUAUAUUCUCAUGUUAACUACUUUUCCCCUCAGCGGUUUGCUUUUACUCUUCAUGAUAGACCAAAUCGUGUUUUAUCGAUGCUUCUUUUUUCGCCUCGUCGUCAGUGUGUAAAAAAGACGACUCGGAUUGUAUAUAUUUUUUUAAAACACUCACCAUUUGAGAAAAGGGCAAAAACGACCAGUCGUCGUCGUGAAUCCCGUUGCAGACAGCCGCGUCGCUGCAAGCUUUAAUCCACUUGAAAGUGGUGACACGACGAACCAAAGAGGCCUUCUGUUUCAAACCGGGUUGCUUCAGUUAAGCUUUGGACUCCUUACGCAGAGGGGCGCCGCAUCCCUCUUCAGAAACACAACCGUCGACGCCCAAAACUAUAGUGCUGACCGAAUGACCAGACAAUUUCCUACGGAAAUGAAUAUUUCAGUUUUUGGGGUUUUUUUUUUUUUUUGUUCCCCGGUCGGUCGGGCCGGGCGCGUCUUGUGGUACUUGAUGUCGCGCCGCCUCCCAUUUGGGUACGGUUGGAGUUUUUUUUUUUGCCUUUCCUGAGUGAAGUUUUAUUUCUGGGAUGGCAGACAUGCUCCAUGCAGUGUAAAGAUGAUCUCUUGUACAUUUGCCUUUUCUACUCAUGGUUGUUUUUUUUCUACUUUUUCUUUUUCCUUGUAUAUAAAGACCAAUAAAUUAUUUUUUAAAAUGUAA